CGCACUUCCUACGGGGCUCGCGUGAGCUCCGCCCACCUCUACUCCUCCCGGAUCGACUAACUCGCUCUUUCUAUCUAUAAAGCCAAGUUUCAACGCCUGGUCGGCAGAGGCUGCGAUCUCUCUUCCUCCAUCUCCCUUCCCCGUCACACCGGAUCUAUCAUUCGCUUCCCCCGAUCCCAGCGCCGAUCCCUACUCGGUGCCGCGGGACUUGAGGCCUUUGUUUGAGGCAGAUCUGUUCGCUGGUAAGAAGGUAACAGAUGGCGCAGAUUUUGUUACACGGAACACUCCAUGCUACAAUUUUUGAGGCAGAGUCCCUGACGAAUCCACACAGAGCUUCAGGUGGUGCUCCGAAGUUCCUCCGCAAGCUUGUUGAAGGUAUCGAAGACACUGUUGGUAUCGGCAAGGGGUCUUCCAAACUUUAUGCUACUAUUGAUUUGGAGAAAGCCCGAGUUGGUCGGACCAGAAUGAUCACAAAUGAACCAGUUAGUCCACGUUGGUAUGAGUCUUUUCACAUAUACUGUGCCCACAUGGCAGCAAAUGUCAUCUUCACUGUUAAGUUUGACAAUCCUAUUGGGGCAUCACUGAUUGGAAGAGCUUAUUUGCCUGUCAUGGAGAUCCUUGAUGGUGAGGAGGUGGACAGAUGGCUUGAGAUAUGUGAUGCAGACCGGAACCCUGUUGGAGAUGCUAAGAUCCAUGUGAAAGUGCAAUAUUUUGAUAUUUCAAAAGACCGCAACUGGGCGAGAGGUGUACGAAGUGCAAAGUAUCCUGGAGUCCCUUACACAUUUUUCUCUCAGAGACAGGGUUGCAAAGUAACGCUUUACCAAGAUGCGCAUGUCCCUGACGACUUCAUUCCACAAAUUCCUCUUGCUGAUGGACGAUACUAUGAGCCCCAUAGGUGUUGGGAGGACAUUUUUGAUGCAAUUAGUAAUGCACAACAUCUGAUAUACAUCACAGGUUGGUCUGUGUACACAGAAAUUAGAUUGAUAAGAGACUCCAAGAGGCCAAAACCUGGUGGAGAUGUUACACUUGGCGAGCUCCUUAAGAGGAGGGCUAGUGAAGGUGUUCGAGUUCUUAUGCUCGUUUGGGAUGACAGAACCUCAGUAGGAUUGCUGAAGAAAGAUGGUCUUAUGGCAACCCAUGAUGAGGAAACUGCAAACUAUUUCCGUGACACAGACGUGCACUGUGUUUUGUGCCCUCGAAAUCCUGAUGAUGGUGGAAGCUUUGUUAAAGAUCUGCAAAUUGCCACCAUGUUCACACAUCAUCAGAAAAUUGUUAUCGUUGACCACGAGAUGCCUAACAAAAGUUUGCAGCAGCGGAGGAUCGUGAGCUUUGUUGGGGGCUUAGACCUUUGUGAUGGAAGAUAUGACACACCAUUCCAUUCUCUGUUCAGGACAUUGGACACAGCUCAUCAUGAUGACUUUCAUCAGCCAAAUUUUGGAGAGGCUUCCAUACAAAAAGGCGGACCAAGAGAGCCUUGGCAUGAUAUUCAUUCACGGCUGGAAGGGCCCAUUGCUUGGGAUGUUUUAUUCAAUUUUGAGCAGAGAUGGAGAAGGCAAGGAGGAAAAGAUGUUCUUGUGCAGCUGCAGGAUCUCUCUGACAUUAUCAUUCCGCCUUCCCCUGUCAUGUUCCCAGAGGACAGAGAGAUUUGGAACGUGCAGCUUUUCAGAUCCAUUGAUGGAGGUGCUGCUUUUGGCUUUCCUGACACUCCAGAGGAUGCCGCUAGAGCUGGGCUUGUCAGUGGAAAGGAUAAUAUCAUUGACAGAAGCAUUCAAGAUGCAUACAUAAAUGCCAUCCGUAGGGCAAAGAACUUUAUCUAUAUUGAAAACCAGUACUUUCUUGGUAGCUCUUAUGCAUGGAAAGCUGAUGGCAUCAAGCCUGAGGAAAUUGAUGCAUUGCAUCUGAUCCCUAAGGAGUUAUCUCUGAAGAUUAUUAGUAAGAUUGAAGCUGGGGAGCGCUUCACCGUCUAUAUUGUGGUUCCAAUGUGGCCAGAGGGUAUGCCAGAAAGUGCAUCUGUUCAAGCAAUCUUAGAUUGGCAGCGGAGGACAAUGGAGAUGAUGUAUACUGACAUUGUACAAGCUCUCCAGGCAAAAGGAAUUGAAGCUAAUCCGAAGGACUAUCUGACCUUCUUCUGCUUGGGAAAUCGAGAGGUAAAGAAGAGUGGAGAAUAUGAACCCUUGGAGCACCCACAACCGGACACUGACUACAGCAGAGCUCAGGAGGCCAGACGGUUCAUGAUCUAUGUUCAUACAAAGAUGAUGAUUGUUGAUGACGAGUAUAUCAUAAUUGGUUCGGCCAACAUCAAUCAGCGGUCAAUGGAUGGAAGCAGAGACUCUGAGAUUGCUAUGGGAGCAUACCAACCAUAUCAUCUGUCAACUAGGGAGCCGGCAAGGGGACAGAUCCAUGGUUUCCGGCUGGCUCUUUGGUACGAGCACCUCGGAAUGCUUGACGAUGUUUUCCUCCACCCAGAGAGCUUGCAGUGUGUGCAGAAGGUUAACAGAAUCGCUGACAAGUACUGGGAUCUCUAUUCCAGUGAGACUUUAGACCGUGACCUCCCAGGACAUCUUCUAACCUACCCCAUCGGAGUCACCAGCGAUGGGAUGGUGACGGAGUUACCUGGCAUGGAGUUCUUCCCUGACACCAGGGCCCGUGUCCUCGGCGCCAAGUCCGACUACUUACCACCCAUCCUCACCACUUAAUUGUUGAUGUUAUCACCUCUUGCUUCCAUGUAUCUGGUUCUUCUCAAUUAUAGCAGUUGUAGUGAGGGAGGGAAAGACGCCAUUUGCUUGGAGACUGUUUGUGGAAUCCACUUGCUUGGAGACACUUAGUUUCCAGUUAACCUUGUGUCAGAUUUGGGCUUUUGCUAUAAUAUGUUCUAUUACGACAUACAAUAUGCUCAUCAAUCGAACUUGUGUGUCUCUCUAGCUUUCUGUUCCUGUAAUCUAAUGUUGUGCUGGAUUCAACAUUACCAAGCCCUUCUUUUCUUGACCUUUUUCUCA